UGGUUUUUUUUUCUUUUUAAAAUCGCUACGUAAUAAGAUAAGAUAUAUUUGCAUAAGUAAAUACAAAGUAAACUGUUUUUAAUAACUUUAAAUAUAAAAAUAUAAUAUGGAUAAUGUUAUUCGAUGCGCAUAUUCGUAGUAGAAAUAAAUUUACUGAAUGCUAGCAUGGGGUUAGCCAUUCUCGGAUAAUCCUCUAAUCCCAAAUUCUAACCCGAUUGAUCUUGUUCUUUAUGGAGAUAUUUUGCCGUACACGAUAAUUAUGAUCUUAUCAAAAAUGACUGACUUAUAAUUCAGACGAUAAUAUAAAAUGGUCAAGAUAGUAGCCACCUUCUAGGGAUUAGCUGCCACCUCAAAAUGGCGAGCAACGACAUCCUAGCCUGUCCAACUUCACUGUUCGAAGAAGAGGAACCAUUUACCUAUUCUCUAUCGCGCAAUCUCUCUAAAUCUUACCCUGAUCUACCGUACAUAAAAUCCGCAAAUUUCGAUUCCACCACUCUUCAACCUAAAUCCAAAUUUCAAGUUAUCGAGCAUGCGCCCAUCGAUUUAACGCUCAAACCAGGACUCGAGUUCCAAUUUCGUCAAGUGGGAGGUGCUGUUCGAAACUAUAUAGAAAUUGACGAAAUUAAUAGAUUAGUUGACGAAUCACAAUCGCUAGAUCAAAAUGACAAGGAUUUUGUUUUGGUAGACCUGGGAUCCCUGGCUCAAUACAACUCGAACCACAUCAAAAACGCCAUUCACGUUCCCGGGCCUGAAAUACUUUUGCGUCGGCUCAAGUCCGGCAAACUCUGCAUCAAAAAUUUCUUGUACGGGCACUUUCUGAUGCCGCGCGCGUCUCUCCCGCUCAACGCGCUGAAGCCUCGACGCCACGAUUCCCCUAAAAUGUCGGCAGCCGGGACUCUCAAAAUCAAGGUCAUAGUUUACGAACGAAGCCAAACGAUGAACGAAGAAAUGGUGGCUCCCAGAAAGUCCAAAAAAUUGGAAAACGGCGAUAACAAUAUGGCGUCCAAAUUUUUUCGGGAACUGGAGAACGGAAGAGCCGAAUUGUCCGAACCCUGUCCCGAGUUGAGGAAUGUGGGAGUUUAUUGGAUGAAAGGAACCUUUGAUACCUUCUCCAGCGUAUAUCCCAAUUCUUGCGCCAAAUCCCCAAAAUCAUCCCAUCACAAUUUCCAGCCGUCAGAAGCUGUAAGCAGCGACGAUACCGCAAGUGGUCCGGCUUUAAUGGAUGAUCGCGAGGACGCCAAUAAAGGCCCGACCAAGAUUCUACCCUAUUUGUAUGUCGGUUCAUUGGAAGAUGCUCUAAAUCAAUCGACAUUAGAGAAAUUGGGAAUUACCUACAUAUUGAACGUUAGCACGUCCUGCCCAGAGCCCGACUUCGCAAAGCUAAACGAUAAAUACAAAUUUAUGCGCGUACCCAUAAACGACAAUUACGACGCCGAUAUGAUGGCCUGGUUGGACGAAUCCUUCGCGUUUAUAGAACGCGCCAAAAACGAAAACGAGGCCGUGCUGAUUCAUUGUUUAGCCGGGAUCUCCCGCUCCCCUUCCCUCACGAUCGCUUACAUAAUGAAGUACCUGGGCAUGACAUCGGAGCAAUCGUACAAGUACGUCAAAUCGAAGCGGGUCGGUAUUUCGCCUAACUUCAAUUUCAUGGGUCAGCUGUUGGAAUACGAGAAACUUCUGCUCAAGUCUCCCGGGAAGAGACUAGAAAAUUCUACCUCUUUUACUCCCGGCGACGCCACCACGGUCUUAAAAAAUUACGAGAGCAAUAAAACGUCGGCUGUCAACGAUACCAGCAAAGUUGGCGCCAGUUUGAAGAGGCCCAACUCGUUGCAAAUCAAACCUGUGCCGAAAAAGCCAAGCUUUUUGAAUUUAAACUUGAACGCUAGCGUUCGAGUUACCGAGAAUAAUAAUGCCAAAUCGUCGUUAGUUUCGGGUGCGCCAAAAGAAACGCGUUUAGUCAAAGACGAUACCGGCGUUAAAAGGCCUUCAACUUUACAAUUAACGUCUAUUCCCGACCCAACGGGCUUUAAUAAUCCUAACGCGGUUAUCGCUGACCUAACGAACAGCCCUCGGAACGGCGGUAAGAAUAAGAAAGAUUCUGUACAAUCACCAAAUAAAAGGCUGUGCUCCAACUUUGAUAAUUCUCCUGUAACACCUGCAACGAUUCUUGGUGCCAGCAUUCUCGAAUCUCCCAUUUUGGUAUCCCCUAGUACUCUUUUGGCUGGACUCACUUUUAGCGAAGAUAGUUAUGUAUAUGACAACAAUUUGUUAAACGUCAACUUAUUUGAUGAUAACGGGGGGUUAGUUGUUCGCGAUGAUUGCCGUAAUGAGAUGCGUGGAGAUGGAAUAAUAGAAAUGGAUAUCUGCAUACUCCCUGAGGAAUCUAAGAUAGUUUCGUCUCAUAGCUCACUAUCUAUCAGCAACAGAAAGUUUAAGAAUGAAUCGCAAAUAUAUAAAAAGAUCAAAAAGCCUAGAAAUUUAAAUUUAGACACCAUAGUGAUACCUACCUUCCCGCAAUCAUAUUAUCUUGACCAAAGCUAUUUAAACGAUACGAGGAGCUGCUACGAUCUAAAGAACCAUAUUUAUCCUCAACACGACCCCGAAAAAUCCCCUGCGAAUAUGGAGAUGAUAAAAGAUUCAGAUGAUGCCGCAACGGGUAUCGUCAAAAGACCGCUUACUCUAAACCUGAAAAAUCGGGCCAAAACGCCUUUUGCACUUACGCCAAUGUCUAACCAUAUGAUAAAUAAAAAUUUGGAGAGUAGGCAAUCGAACAGGGGCUCUCCGUUAACCGCGUUAAAAGAGUGGGGUUCCAAAUUUAAGGCCAUGGCUCAUCGUUACAAGAAUCCGUCUAAAUUCUCCUCACCUAUCGUCACGACGGAUAUAAUGAAUACCCCUCUAUCCAAUUGCAACCAUUAUGGGGAAGUAACGGAAUCUUUUAAAACUCCCUUUACGCGUUUCAAAUAUUCGAUUCUUAAAUCGGCACCGGUCACCCCCUCUAAUCCCGAAUUACCCAAAGGAAUCAUCCUCCAUUCCAAACAUCAUGCCAGCUCAGAGAAUAACAAAAUAAUGCCCAAAUGGGCCAACCUCUUUGCUAAGGCCUCGAAAACAUCUCCCAAAACUAAUUUACAUAGAAGUGAUUACAUUUCCAAAGACAAAACUACAUUCCCUCAAGAUAACUGUCAGAAUAAGACAAUCAAAUAUCUAAGUAAUGGUCUUUCGAUUAAUAGUAUUGAUAAAUGGAGAAAUGUGAAGGACGCCUUCAGACUUCCGCACGCGAAAAACAAAUACCCCGCAUUAGAAAAACGUUGGGUAGAGAUGGCAUCGGGUCAAAGUGUCAAAGUUCCCGAUUCCAAGAGUUUAACAGGGCGUGGAAAGAAGAAUAACUAUGUCAAGAUAACCUUUUUGGAUGGCGAUUCCCGCGACAGGCUUAGUAGGCUCAAUAAACGCUUUUCACACGAUUUGAUUGCCUCGGAAAAGGUGGAUCAAAAGUGCUUAUUAUCGAAAAAUUCAGAAACGCCCGGAAACGCGUUGGGCCAUUCUUACACCCUGAAUGACAUCGACCUUUUGGCGGGUGAUAAUAUGGAAUACAUUGACGAAGAAAGCCAACAAAACGCUCAAAUUCCGAUUCCUUCCUCUGGUUCGCCAGUUGGAAUCAAUUUAUCCUCCAAUUAUAAUUUGUUAAAUAGUGGACUAAGGGCCUACCUGGACGUGUAAUAUCGGGCCGAUUUAUUUUCUCUUAACUUACAACGUUGAAAACGAGUAGCUAACACACCAAAGAUUUUUCUCCAAUUAUAAAUUCAUUAGUGACUCGAAUAUAAUUUUAUAGGGACCCUUAACUCAUAAUGAAAAAAAAUAUGAUCUCCUUCGAAAUAAAAUUACUUUUUAAAAAGAUUUUUUGUAAUGUUUAGUAUAUGGUGGUUGUUAUUUUAUUUUUGUUUAAGUGGACCAUUAUGCCCCAAUGAACCAUUAAAGAAUAGAUUUUCUAGCAAGCACAGUAGCUCUAAUCUUAAAUAAAAACACAUCUUAGUGCAAUAUAGUAAAAAAAAAUUGGUUUUUGAAAACCAUUUUUAAAGCGAUAAAUUUUAAAUUUCAUAUAAAUAUAAUGGUUUAUAAUGCAAUUGUUUUGUA